AUUUAAUGGAGUUGAUGAUGAUUCAGAACUCCCAAAUGCACCAGGUGGUGAUGAACAGCCUGGCUGUAGCGGCACUGACGUCCUUCGGGUUCGGGCCAUCCCCAGCCACUGCCCAGGCAAUGGCGGUGCCUUUGCAGACCAGAGAGGAAGAGGAGGCUGUGAUUUUCCACCAUCACUACAUCCCCUACCCUGGACCUGCUCCCAUCCUGGCGUGGCCAGUCCCAGCAUGGGAUGAGGGGCCGGCGGCCGUGCGGUACCUGGGCACAGGCUCAUUAGCCGAGGACAGGGCAGUCAGCGCGGUGCCCCCCCCUCCACCCCCCAGCACCACGGGGACCGUGGGAGCCGACGUCCCACCAGCAUCGGAGUACUACGACAUGGUGAAGAGGCUGUGA